GAGAGAGUUCUCGGUUGCUAAGUCACGCGCCGCUGUAACACAGUCGAGAUGGAUUUAUUACCGAAUAUUUUCGGCGCCAUGAGUCCAACCGACUGAACAAUCUCCGUUGGCUCGAGUUCAGCGACAUCCUUCCAGAACCCUCCGGCGUUUCUGUGUAGAAUCUGAGAGAUUCUCAGCGCAAAUCGACGCACGCGCAGUCUUCUGUCGUCAAGAACGUGCGCCAGUGGACGUGGAGUGUUAAUGAGAUCUGCGGUAAUGAUGGAGACCGGGUUGUGUGACAAGAACGGCACGGGAGUACAAACGUGGACAGACGGGUCCAGAUAUGAGGGGGACUUCCUAAACGGACUAAAACAUGGCAACGGAACUUUCACUUGGCCAAACGGAGAGUGUUUUGAAGGCUCCUUCUACAAGGAUUACCGGCAUGGCAGAGGAACCUACUUCUGGCCAGAUGGCUCUCAGUUCAUUGGAAAGUUUUAUCUGAAUCUUAAAGAGGGCUAUGGCAUCCAUCUUUUCCCAAAUGGAACCAAUUUUAAGGGUUUGUACCAUGCUAAUGAGCGUUUCGGACCUGGAGUAAUGUCAUAUCCUGAUGGCCGCCAGGAUUUGGGUUUAUGGUAUCGCCAGUGGCUACUGCGACUAUGCACCGCUAUUCAGGGAAGCUUCACCUUAACAGACUUCCCAGAAUACAUGGUACGACUUCCACAGCAGCACCUUAAACAGAUCCAGUCUCUGCCUUCCUUCACAAUGGGGUCUUGUCUAGAAAGCCUUAAUUUCUUGACAAUUGACACACAUCUGCUGGGCGACUCCUCUGAUCUGCAGAAUGAUAAAUUCAUUCUUCCCCCAGGCAUUGAGAGUUACUCCACUGACUCAGACCACCUGCCUAUACCCCAGUGCUUGCGUCAAGAACUUGACUUGCACUUCUUUAAUCGAAGCAAUAUCAGCAUGCCUUUAUUCUCUAACAGACUACCUCUUCAGCAGAGAAUGGAGACACUCAUCCAUGCACACAGGUCCAGUGCAGCUUUUUGAGGUUGAAGAGUUGGACUGGAAUGUUGCAGAUAUCCUGGCUAUGAACCGGGAUUUCUUUGAAUCUAAGGGGCCCCUGGAGCUCAAGUCAGAGAGGUUCAUUAGAGAGGCAUCACUGGGUAAUUUUCAGAAUGUCCAGAGCAUCCUUAGUGAUGGAAAAGUUCAUCCAGAUGUGUGUGAUAAACAGGGACAUACUGCUCUCAUCGCCGCUACGGUCAAUUGUCAUGAUGAUGUGAUAAACUUGCUGCUGGACAACGGGGCUGAUGUGAAUAAGCUGAAUUGUGAAGGGAUGUCUGCUCUGGCUGUGUGCAGUGUACUUUACUAUCCACUCCACUCUCUACAACAGACAUUGGCUGAAAAGACUUUUGAGGAUAUCAGCACAGAACCAAAGAUCAGUGAGCCUUUAACCCUGACAAACAGCUCACAGACUGCUGCUGAAGAAAGACCAAAAAAUGAAGUUGGUACAGAAAUUUCAGGUACAGACAGCCAAAUUAUACAGGUGAAGUCUGAAGAGUGCAGCACAGCUCAAAAGCCUGAAACUCCCAAGCACAAUGAGGAAAUUAAUACCCUCUGUAAAGAUGAAGAGGUUCCUCAGCAGACACAAAAUGGACAGGGCAGUGUGGUAGAGGAUGAACUCUUGAAAGAACCAGAGCCCCUGAAUAAUAGAAUCCUGGGAGACAUUUCUGAUUGGCACCAAGGUGAUGAUGAGGGGGAAAAUGCCCUUUCCACUGAAAAAGAUGAUAAAACUGACACAACUAGGAGCCCAGAAAGGGACCUUGGUUUUGACUUGGCUAGUCCUGUGGAUAGCUUUCACACUGACACCACAGAGGCCAUCAUGCCACUGAUGGAUGAGGUUCUGUGUGAAACUGGCCAGGUGUCAUCUGAAGAAACCCAGGAGACUAUCAACAGGAUAGCAGUCAUUAAAUCUAAAAAUGAGGCCCACUGGGCCACCAUGAAGCUUCUGCUGGAGCGAGGAGCAGACCCAAACGUGUCCAGCAUUCCGAUGCCCGUCAUUUUUCUGGCCAUAAAAGCUGGCCAUGUUGAAGCUGUGCAGAGACUGCUGGAGUGUGGUGCUCGUACAGACCUGCACUUAACAGCUGAGCAAAAGGGCCUGUACCCGCUCCAUGUAGCAGCUGGACUAACUGGACCUGAGGGUCCUAAGAUUACAGAGCUGCUCUUGCAUGCUGUUGCAGACCCUGAUGUGAAAGCACAGGAUGGCAGCGAAGUGUAUAAUUUGGACAUGCAUGGACUUUAUGACACUACAAAGAAGACAUCAAAAGAGAAGCAGGUGGAUGGUGGAAACACUUCGUCCCUCGGUUCUGAACCCUUAACCUGCAUUAAUACAACCUCCAUAGAUGCACCUAAGGAAGGGGGAAGGACGCCACUUCAUGUAGCCUGCCAAAGAAAUACAGAUUAUGUGAAUGCCAGAGAUGUCGUUUCCAUACUUCUCUCUCAUAAUGCAGGCACCAACCAUCUGUGGAGUGGCCAUUCUCCCCUCUCCCUGGCUAUCGCCAGUGGCAACGACCUUGCCGUGGAUGAGCUUCUUGCUGCUGGAGCUGAUCCUAACCUUCCCCUGAACUGCGGAGUGGGCAGUGCACUGUGUGCUGCCACCAACAUCCACUAUAACUCUGGGCCAUAUUUGGGCAACAGAAUCAAACUGGUUGAGAAGCUGAUAGAAGCUGGUGCAAACAUCCUGAUGCCUGUGGUGGUUGGUGAGAAGGGCAGAAGUGCACUAGGAACAGCAGUGGAUUAUGCUUAUAAUAUGUUCAACAAGGAUUGGCGACUUUCCCACACACCUUACCAUGCUCUACAACAGCAAGAGAGGGAGGCCUACAAUGCCCGCCGUCAGCUCAUCACCAUGAUGGCAGAGUUCAUGAGACAGGCUGCCACCAGCAUGGAAAAGCAACAUAGGGAAAAUGAGAAGAGCCAAGUCAUGCACAGGGUUAGUCCCACAGACAGGUUAGACUUUACUGGAACAAGAGCAACACCCCCUGCAGAUAGAGCAAGAGCUAUAGAGGAGGAAAGAGGAUCUGUACACAAGUCAACAGUUCAAAGGAGGAAACCCUUGUUUAAGUACUGUUACCAAUGUGGUCGUUCGUCAUGGGUGACGUUGACGCCCUGUAGCCGCUGCCACAAAGUUUUCUACUGCAGUAAGGCAUGCAAGCUGAAGGCCUGGAAUGAAAGGCACAAGGAGGAGUGUGUACGUGUGCAAGGAAGUGGACGUCCAGAGGCUAGUCACAUGUCUGGUGGCCAGCGGGGCCUUCGUUCGAGCAAAAGCUCCAGGAAAGGCAACAAUCUGAAUUUGAAGCUGGAUAAACCAAAAUCAAGAGAAGCAGAAUCACACGUCAAUGUACAUCAGCAAAACCCUGAAGAAAAUUACAGUUUUAUUUGACUCUGUAGUUAAUGAAAACCUCAACACUACAGACAUAGAGAGAUUUUCAUUGUUGCGAUGAACUUUGGGAUUUCAGUUCCUUCUAAGUGCUGAUUUAUAGGAAUCACUGUGUCAAACUGUGUUAGAAUUAAACUUCAGAUAUUUUUUUUGUUUGA